AUGGCACGACCUAUUGAGAAAUUCCAGUGUAAGGGCUGUCAAACCCGGCCACCAACUCCAAGAAUAGAAACGUCCCAGUCGAUGUCUCCUGUUAUCAAAGAACUAAAAGAAAACUUACGAUCCCCGCCAACGAUUGUCGAACCACCAACCAAAACUUCCACCGACGGCGCUCCGAAACGAGUCGUAUCUCCGACACCUUCCGACGCUUCUAACGCCUCGAACGCGUUCUACGUUUGCAACGAAUGCGAUGGAAUUAAGUUGGUCGGAUACAAACCGAGUCGCCGUAGUAACCAUGACCCCCAGCUGUUUACAUACCCGGAAGAAGAAGAGCCAGACUAUUAUCAUUUCUCAAGAAAACACCCAAGUGAGGUGCAACAAUCUCUGGCUACAAAUCCUAAGUUAUCUCCAAACAGACCACAGCCUCCGACUAAUUUACCCAUACAGCCCUCGGGUACCCCCUCACCCACCACCAAACUACCUCUGGCAAAAGACCCUAGAUCAUAUCCAAGUCCCAAGUCACCCGCCCAAUUAGACCCACUAAUACAACAUCCCAAAAAUAUCCCUACACCUCCACCAUUACCACCCAUAAACUUUAAAAACACAGGCGCUGAAUCCAAUUCAAGGCAUUCCUCACCAAGUAUCCCGUCUCCUCCUCUGUUGCCACCGCUGGACUUCAAUACUGCAGGCUCGAAAGCACAAGAUCGGAGAAAUUUCUCCCCAAGCAUUCAUAAACCGACAGCGUUUUCGCCGGUUCAACCCAAAACAACGUCGAAGAUAAACAGAUCUCCGGUUGACCGAAGCCCCGGGAAGUAUCCGCCGAUCGGAGAUAUAUUCCCGCCCCCACCGUCAACACUCCCGACUCAUGCUCCCAGCCGGGAUAAAGGCAGAGUGUCAUUUGUGGACCCUGGAAACGAACCUGAGUCAAGUAACUCGUCGAGCUCGAAUCAAAAACGAAACUCAAAGCUUGAAACUUUGUUUUAG